AUGAUAGCAGUUAGAUUGAAAUGUAGUGAAGAUAUGAAGGAAUUAAAUAUGUCAAAAAUUGAAGAUAAUUCUAAAGAAAUAAUUAUGAAAGGAAUAGAAGAUUUGGAAAAAAUUAAUGAAAUAAAUAAAAUAAAUAUAAAAAAAAAUGAUGAACAUUCAAAAGAAAAAUUAGAAAAUAAAAAAUUUCAGAAAUUAACAUGUUUGGUUAAAAAUGAUGACCCAAAAAAUAGUAUAUUGAGCGAAUUAGAUUGUUUUUCCAAAAAUAAAAGUAGUUUUGCAGAAAAAAAAAAUUGCAUAAAAAAUAAUUUGGUCUUCAAAAAUAAAAUAUUAGAACUAAUAAAAAAUGGGGAAAAAGAUAAAAAUAUUUGGUUUGAUCAAAAUGAGAAUUCUCAUAACUUUGUAAAAAGGAGUGAUAUAACAGAAAAAAAAAAGCCUAAUUAUGUUUAUGAUAUUGGAAAAAAUAAGAGAAAUGAAACUUUAAAAAAAUAUAAGGACUCAAUUUUUAAGGAUCUACAAAAAGAAAUCAAGAAUAAUUCAAAUAAAAAUAAUAAAAAGAAAGUUGUACUUAAAAUGUUACACAAUAAAUUAAAUAAUUUUGAAUUAGAUAAAUUCAAUGAUUAUAAAUAUAUUAAUUCAUCUAAAAGUAUUGUAUUUGAAAAAGAAAAAAAUACCGAAUUAAAAAGUACAAGAGAUAAUAAUUUUAAGAAAAACUUCAUAGAACAUUAUGAUGAAAAAAAUAUAUUAAACUAUAAACAGCUUCAAUAUAAAAAUAAAGAAGUUAAGAGAAAAAAUAAAAAGGAAAAUAUUAAAAGAAAUAAAUCUCAUAUCUUCUCAUAUUUUUAUAAAUCUAAUCCAAGUAAAUUUAGCAAAUAUGAUAAAAAUGUAUUUCCUAAAAGCAUGAGUGAUUACAUAAAGGAAAAUAUAAAUGAAAAAAAUGGUGUAGACAUAAAAGAGAAAACAUAUACAAUGAACGAUCAAACAGGAUCGGAAGGAAAAAAAAAAGAUAAGAGAAAUAAAAGAGAUGAAAUUAGAAGUGACAUUGGAAAAGAAGACAAAAAUAUAAAUAUAGAGAAUAAUAAGGAUAUAAAUAAAAAAAAAAAAAAAAAAAAUUUUAAAAAUGAAAGAGGACAAAGGAAAAAGGAAGAGGAAGAAGAAGAAGAGGAAGAGAAAAACGAAGAUGAAGAUGAAGAGGAAGAGGAAGAGGAAAAGGAAAAUGAAGAGGAAGAGAAAAAGGAAGAUGAAGAGGAAGAGGAAGAAGAGGAAAAAAAAGUUAAAGAGAAAGAAAAGGAAAAUGAAAAAGAAAAAUUACAAAAUAGUGUAGAAUUAGUCGAUGAAAAAAAAAAAAAAAAGACUAAAGGAAAAUUAAAUAAAAAAAAAAAUUUCAUUUUAAUUAACAUAAAAAAAGUAAAAAAUUAUAAGAAUAAUCACUAUAUAUCAAAAAUAGUCAAUUCAAGUUAUUAUUUAAAAAAAAAUUGUGAUAAAAAAUUUUCAGAACAUAGGUUUACUUAG